CUUUAUUUCAAAAGCUGUCUCUCUCUUAACUUGGAAUUCUACCCUUAGCCCUGAGCUUCUAGAGUUUUGUAUGGCUGAAGGAAAAAAGCACUUCUGGGGGCCAGUAGCAAACUGGGGACUUCCUAUUGCUGCUAUUAAUGACAUGAAUAAAUCUCCAGAAAUCAUUAGUGGCCGAAUGACAUUCGCACUGUGUUGUUACUCCUUGACUUUCAUGAGAUUUGCCUACAAAGUACAGCCAAGAAACUGGCUUCUCUUUGCAUGCCACUUUACCAAUGAAGUUGCACAACUUAUUCAAGGAGGACGACUGAUCAAAUACAGGAUGGAGAAAAAGAACUAAAUAUCUCUUAACUUGAAAUAAAGCCAGGGAGUCUGCUCAUCCUGAAUUACAACCAAGGAAGACUUGCCAUGUACAGCUGCUGUGAUGAUUACAAUGGGGAUAAAAUUGAAACACCUUCAUGAGUAUGACCCCUUGCCCCCAAAUAAUUGUCUACUAAUUUUUAGCUUGCCUUUUUUAAAGCCAGCAGUAUAAACCAUUGUAAAUCCAGCAAUGUAAACCAUUGCAUUUAAUGUCUUGCUGCCUUAUAAGUCCUUAAUAACUACCCUUCUAAUAUGGAGUUACUCAUCCAAAUAAACAGUAUUUGGAAAAUAACUCUUAUCCAACAGCCUGGAAGAGUAAAUGGCCCAUGACGGUUUGACAAAACUUGUUUUCAAAUAAACAUGAACACAGAGGUUGCUAAAACAGAACUGUAGGUGGUAUAAUUGUUCUAUGUAUUAACAUUCUUAAAAGCCAUUUAACUUGGGUGCAUUCAUUCCUAUUGUCUCUUUCUUUAAACUUCAGCAGUGGCUUGCUAAUCCACAAGCACAAAUAUGUAGACAGGCAGCCUGGAAGUGACCAGCUUUCCCUCUUCCCUUACUGCAUGCCUUGUCUCAAUAAAGAGACUCAAUUUACAUGCGUUUUUAAGUCGCACAUUAUGUAAAGAAAAAUUGGAAAAGCAAAAGCGUAGCACUGAAGGAAGGCAACAUUGUCUGUCACUGGUCCUCAAGAAGCUCUGAAUGAAUUUUAGUGUCCUCCCCCUGUUAGGGAUCUUUCUAGAUAUUUGUAUUUCUUAUUCAGGAAAAAAAAAAUUCUUGGGAGUCUGAGAUCUGAAAGACAAAAGAUGCCUUUCAGUAAUGUUUUGACUUCAUUGUGAAUCUUUCAUGCCUGACCUGCCUGAAAGUGACAUUGAUGUGAAGAUAUAGAUGACAAAGAAUGUAUGUUAUGGAUUUUAUUUCAGUGCAGUGUUUUGAACAAUAAAACAUCUUUUGAAUGGCAGUAAA